AUGGAAAACAAAGAUAAAUUGCUCGAUGAGAAACCAUUGACAAUUGACAAGAAAAAUUUUCCGGAUCUUAAAAGUGGAAUGGUUAAUUUUGUUCAAUCCACAGAUGAAAAUUUGCAUUGCAUUGCUUCAUAUUUAACGCAAGUGGAAUCUUUCUUUAGUUAUACUAAUUGUAUUAAGAAUCUUGAACGAUACAUAAAACAACAUUACUUUUACCCGAUAAGACUUCAAGAUGAAUUGACUAAUUUAUACAAAGCCCAUUCUUGUUUAAAGAGAAUACGGGCUUGCAUUUCUGACAAUCAUUUUUUGAUCGAGAAAUAUAAUGAAGGUACUCAAUCCAUACAAUUAUUUAACUUGGCCACCAUGGAAUGCAAGGAAAAGUUUUGGGAUAGUGCGGCUGAGAAUAAUAUUCGAACUUAUGAUAGUGAUGAAUGUUUAAAUUUCAAAAUAGUAUCUUAUAAUGCGAGAUGUCCUGGAAAUCUCUUAACGAUUAAUGCUGAUGUACAAGAACAAGAUCAAUAUGAUUGCAAUUUAAUUCCAUCUGGUGAAAAUAUUACCCUAAAUGAAGAUCAAUGUCAUCGGAUUUAUCAUCGUAAUCGAAAUAAUACCUCAUUGAAACCAUUGGUUAGCAAUAAAAAACCCUGGGUAGACGAAUUUGAUUAUGAACGAAUUUCUGCUUAUCUUGACGAUGAAGAGACAAUACAAUUAAUAAUUGGAAGAACCACGGUACAAGUAUGGAGGGAAAAUAAGGAGGUUCCAAUUCAUGGGCAAAUAAAACAGAACUGA